AUAUACUCGACGCCCGCGAAGUCACUGUCGGCGCCCAAUAGUAGCGAAAAUCGUUUGGAUAAGUCAUUCUUCAAGAAGAAUAAGUCGACCUCCAGUUCUUCGUAUACCAACAGCAAGUAUGUGGUGAUGAGGACAGUGCUGGAGGCGGGCACUCACGUACUGCUGCCCACCACUUACGAGACAGGACAAGAGGGACAGUUCUCAUUCCGUGUCCACUCGUCUAAACCAAUCAAAAUCAAACAGAUUGACUGCACGCCAGCCAUUGUGAAGUCGGCCAUCACUAAAGCGCCGGCAACUUUUGACCAAAAGUUUGCCCAAUACGAGGCACUGUUUAUGCAAUUCGCUGAUGAGCACAAAUCGAUAAACGCUUUUGAAUUGCAAGAACUUCUGGAGACAUGUCUGCCAAAUGAUUACGUCAAGUCUUGUGCCACUUUGGAUGUCUGUCGACAGAUUGUCAUUACAUUAGAGGCCAACGGAAGCGGUCGUAUCCGUUAUAACGACUACAAGAAUAUCAUGUGUUCGCUAAGGAAUUGGCAAAACUGUUUCAAAACCCACACGAAGGGCACCACU